AUGCCUGAAGGACUGUCACCACAACGAAAACCGAUUCCACCGCCUCGUCUGCCUCAAGGUUACAAACCACCCCUACCGAAACGUCCCGAUCGAAUACUUCGAGCUGGAGCGCUGCACCUUCCACCUCCAGACACUGCUCCACCACCACGACCACCGCCACGACUUACUUGUGCUCAAGCUAAAAGUACGACCGAAUCAAGCACCGGAGCAUCUUCGAACAGCCCAACGGUUCAAUUAUCCACGUCAGUCGAUUCAACCAGGUUAGAAGCGAUCGUAGAAUCGCCGCAACUUGAUGAGGAUUCGGAUGCUGGAGAUGGCAUCCAAUCCUCACAAAUCAUCAGUCAUUCUCCUUCACCACAUCGAUGUUUGUCUCCACGGUCUCCACCUAAAUGGCCUCCACCAGUACCUCAAAAGCCGAAGCGUUUAUCAGUUCCAAACAGUUCCGAUAUGACAUCUUCAUCAGAAAUUUCUGAGGCAGCUGUUAUCGGCUCAAAUGUUCCAAAUACACCCGUAACAUUUGAUAAUGAAAUGUUAAAACCAUUGCAACCAGUCGCCACUUCAUCUGCUGGUUCGUCAUCCGGUGAAUACAAUCAUGCUUUUGAGGAUGCGCGAUCAGCAAGC